UGGAAUCUAGACAGAUAUUUUUUUUUCACGCACCUGCUCCAUUUACUUGCUCAAAAAACGUGAGAGAAGGAAAACGUGACCCGAAACGCGCUGUCGAUUUCUGUUUGUAGCAUGUGCUGAUAGUUACGACUUGCGAAAACAUGGAAAAUUUAGAAAAAUCAGUCGAAGAUAACAAAAGUGAAGAUAACAACGAGAAAGUUCCACUCACGUGGAAAGAUUUGGGACUUGUGGAUACACUCUGCAAAACAUGUUUAGAUUUAAAAUGGCAGGAACCUACCAGGAUUCAGCAGGAAGCUAUCCCUCUGACGCUUCAAGGCAAGGACGUGAUUGGAUUGGCAGAGACUGGAUCGGGAAAAACUGCUGCGUUCGCAUUGCCUAUACUGCAAGCGUUAUUAGAGAAUCCUCAGAGAUACUUUGCGCUAAUACUGACGCCCACAAGAGAAUUGGCAUUCCAAAUCUCAGAGCAGUUUGAAGCGUUAGGCUCCAGUAUGGGCGUGAAAACCGUGGUGCUGGUAGGUGGGAUGGACAUGCAUGCGCAGGGAAUGAUACUGGAGAAGAAGCCUCACAUCAUCAUCGCUACGCCUGGUAGAUUGGUCGACCACUUGGAGAACACGAAAGGCUUCAAUUUGCGUCAGUUAAAGUUUCUGGUGAUGGACGAGGCGGAUCGCAUCUUGAACAUGGAUUUCGAGGUGGAGGUUGAUAAAAUUCUCAGAGUGAUACCACGGGAGAGGAGGACGUUAUUAUUCUCGGCGACGAUGACUAAGAAGGUGCAGAAGUUGCAACGUGCGUCCUUACGAAAUCCCGUGAGGGUCGAGGUGUCUACCAAGUAUCAGACUGUAGAAAAACUGCAACAAUAUUACAUAUUUAUUCCAGUGAAAUUCAAGGACGUGUACCUCGUGCAUAUCCUGAAUGAAUUGGCGGGCAACAGUUUCAUGAUAUUUUGCGGGACCUGCAAUAAUACGGUAAGGACUGCCUUACUGUUACGAAACCUGGGCUUCACGGGGGUCCCGCUGCACGGACAGAUGUCGCAGAACAAGAGGAUCGCCGCGCUUACGAAAUUUAAAGCAAAGAACAGAUCUAUAUUAAUUUCAACGGACGUUGCCAGCAGAGGUCUCGAUAUUCCGCAUGUGGAUAUUGUCAUCAAUUUUGACAUCCCUACGCACAGUAAGGAUUACAUACACAGAGUAGGUCGUACUGCGCGUGCAGGUCGAUCAGGCCGUUCCAUCACAUUCGUCACGCAAUACGACGUGGAGCUGUAUCAACGAAUAGAACAACUGAUAUCGAAACAAUUGCCGUUAUAUGCCACGGAAGAGGAGGAAGUGAUGUUGCUGCAAGAGAGAGUGAGCGAAGCACAGCGGAUAGUAAAAAUGGACAUGAAGAACAUCGAAGAGAGCAGAAAGUCAGGCAAACGGAAAAAACACGGCGGCGACAACGAGGAUGACGACACAGAACAGUCUAUUGGAGUGAGGAAAAGAAUGAAAGUGAAGAGUAAAAGAAAAUGAGGAUAUGUUGUUAAUAUUAAUUAAUUCAAUUAAUCUCGUAAUAAAAUUUUUUUUCUAUGACUUUCGUGCUUUAAAAUCCACAUUAUUAAAGUAUUACUUGAACUUUGUUGAACGAAUAUUUUAAUAACCGGGCUCGCAGCAUCUCAAUAAAAGGUAUUUGCCGUUGUAAAGGAUAUCUGAUAAAACUCAUGUGCUUUCAACUUUGAUUCGAGUUAUGCAAAUAUGAAUUAAACAAUUGUUGCAAAAAUACAGAUCCGCAGAAAUGCAAAUAAGAUCGAGACUCUGUUCGAUAAUACUCGAUAUUUAAUAGAAAACAAAAAUUCAAAAAUCUUUUAUGCUCGAAUCCAAGUAAAAAAUAUCUUUCGUAAAUCAUGUUCAUUAUACAGUAUAAAUAUUUUCUCAUAUGUAUUGUAAUUAUAUUGUAUCAUUACGCGAUAAAUUCUGAACUCAUGUUAAGAUUAAUGCCACUCUAAAGUUAACAUCAGAAUAUGCACAAUUCAUAGUUCGUGAUUCACAGUUCGCUAUUCGUACAAAAUUUUCGAAAAUUUGUUGCUAAUGUGGCGUUUCCGCACGAUUUGCGAUUUACGAUUUUUUCAUGACACGUUAUAGUAAUUCGAUAAUUUUCGACUUUUGCAAUCCUUAUUUUUGAGAUUUUACAAUUAUUACAAUUGAGAUUUUAUAUCUUCUAUAAAGAUGUUGUAAGUAUGCAAUCAUCUAUUCACUUAUUGUUAGAUUCCAUUAUGGAAAAUCGAUUAAUCAUCAUAUUAGAAAAUCUAUUAGUAGUCUAAUCGAUUUUUUACUUGAUUGUGUUAAGUGUCACAAUCGACUUUUUAUAUUCUUAAUGCACAGAGUAGUAUUAUGCGCGAAUCAACUGACUAAUUCGUGAUGAUUCGCAUGAUUUAUUGAAAAAUCACUCCGCUGGCGAAUCGACAAGUUUGAUAAGCAACAAACUCAACGAAUUUUGUUUAUUUACACUGUUCUCAUCUCAUACAAAUUGCGAGCUAUGAAUCACGAAUUACAAAUCGCGCAUAGUUUGGCGCAAGCUUGACUGGAUUGGCGGAUGUAUGAUGGGACGGAAACUUAUACUUAGAGGAUGCUCCUAUUAAGACUUGAAAUAUAAUUAAGACUCAGCAAUAAGGCGAACAUUGUUAUACUGAAGAAAUUAGUACUGUAUUUUAACGACUUGAAGUCUUUGCACAAAGCAGUAUGGUAUUUAAAUAUCACUCAAAUAAUCACAAUAAAAUAUAUUAUUAAGUAAAAUCACAAUUUCUUUAUCAUUUGCGGUGAACGCGUUAGGGGGGAAAAUUAAUUCGAAGCAUCGAAGACAAAAUUUGUUAUUAUAUAACAAAUGGAGGUCUUCUCUUUCACUUGCACGCUUCUAUUUGAGUGUUAUCACAUAAGCAGAAUAUUCCCGUUUACGAGAAGAAAAUGCAGACAAAGGAAAGCACGUUCGUCCCUACAGCAGAAAAAUGUUAUAACGAGCGUUAUAACGGUCAUUAUGUACAGCUUUUACACUACUGUAAAAUUGAUAAUUGAUUCUUUUCAUCAAACUCCCUAUAGAAAAUCAGCAAUCCAUUGUACAAGUUUUUGUAGUACAAAAUACGGUACAAGAAACACGGUAAGUAUUCCUUCGAAUUUACAACUACGAUGCAUCCUCUAAUCGCUAAGAGAUUAUUAAUUGUAUAAAGUGG